UAUUAUUGGGGACGUUUGUUAAUGUUUGUUCUGUUGUUUCAAAAUGAACAAAAAAACAAUAAAUAUAAUAUUGAAAAAAAAAAAAAAAAAUACCUGUAAAAUUUUUGCAGUUAAUUUGCUUCACCUUCUUUAUGGAUAAUUAUUCUACAACUUUAUAUAUUUACUGUCAUAUAUUGUAUUGUAUUGUGUGUAUAAUCUUUGAGUCUGUCUGUCUGUCUGUCUGUCUGUCUGUCCAGUAGUUUUUAGGACCCUGAGGUGUUUGGCUCAGCUGCUCCUCACCCAGCUCUCCCCUGUUGGUCCUCCUCUGCACGGUCCAUUGUUCUGUGUUGGAUAGAGCACAGUCAAACCAGCUGGGGUGAAACACACAACUUCUGGUCUGCACUUUUAAAAUAAAAUACCUAUUGCCUUUGCUUCACUUUUUUUGUGUGAAAAUGAUGCAGAGGCGUGUAACUCAUUGAGCCCUCGAUGGGAUAUUAGUCUUAAAUAUAAUUAUAAUAGUGAUGCAAACUGCAAGAUCAAAUUUGGGGUGGUAAAAGGUGCUUCAGUUGUAUAUUGUGUUCAAUUGUGCUUAUGUUUACAUUACCAAAGCAACUGUAAACUAAAUACAAAAAGGUUACAUGGUGAUGAGAAGGUUGUGAUGCUCAGCCUCUAUCUGUUUGGUGACGCCUGGAAGCUGCUUUACAUCUCCUGGAUGUCAUCUUCUCAUAUAUGUUCACAUCAUAUGUAUACAUUUUUGUCAAAUAUGGAUUGUCUUUAUUGUAUUUUCAUUAUGUUGUUACUCUGUACAUACAACAUUUAUUGCACGUCUGUGCAUCCUGGAAGAGGGAUCCCUCCUCUGUUGCUCUUCCUGAGGUUUCUUCCAUUCCCCCCCCCCCGUUAAAGAGUUUUAAGGGUUGGGGGGAGUUUUGGGCUACACAAAUAAAAUUUACUUGACUUGACUCAUAGUUUCAGCAAGUUGCAUCAGUGUCAAAGUCUGUCCGUAGCAGAAAACGUUUCAAUACAGCCAAUUUACUGUAUUUGCUACAAUGAGUUAUCACUAAAACAUUCUCAUUAUGUGGCUUCAAUUGGUAAUAGUCAGCUUUUACUUAAGAAAAUAAUUCAUAAUUCAUAAUUCAUAAAAUAUUGAUUAUUAUUAUAAAAUAAUAAUAAUAAAAUACCAAUAAAAACACAUGUUUGCAAUUGGUGUGAAUAGGUGGGCCCUUUAAAAACAGCUUAGGCCCUCAGGUGUCAUUUGUGGCAUUAUGUGUUUAUGGUCGAAAAAAAAAAGAACAAUACAUAAACUGUUUUAAGAAGCUUUAAACGUUGCAGUUUGUCACCGCCUUUUAUUAAAUAAUUUUUUUGGGGACUGCUCAUUCAUAUACUGCAGCACUUUCAUUCAUUUACAUCUACCAUCUUAUUUUACUCUGUUUAUACAUGUUUCUUUAUAUGGGUUUGUGUCUCUUUUACAGCUUGUCAUAAUGCCCUUUUAUGGGGUUAUUUCAUUUUGCCAUGCCUGUGCUUUUAUUUUGAAAACAGCCGCAGUUCCUCUCUCUUGUUAUCUCAUUAACUUGACUGAGUUUGCAGGAGGCUGUUGGAGGCUGUUGGAGUCUGAGCAGACGGGAGUGCCCCUCAUUCAACACUCCCUUUACAUUUACACUCACAAACAGCGGAUCUCCCAGGAAGGACACAUUAAACUGGACCCGGUGGAUGGAGACAUAUGUGUGAUAUAAAAACCAGACUGGAUGCAUCUCUUCUUUGCACUUAUCCUGGGACAACUAUGACUCUUUGAACCUGACUGAGGAUUUGGGAUUUUUUACUUUUGCGUGCAUCUAAACCUCCAUCCAUUCAUUCAUUCAUUCAUUAUAUAUAAAAACCCACCCCCUCUCCUCUCCUGCUGUCUGGUGAGGAUGGAUCCCCGGCUCUCUCUCUCCAGGUGCCCGCUGCUGCUGCUGCUCUGCUCGGUCUGCGUUCUGAGCAGCACCCGCAGCUCCGGUGCUGCUGCAGCGGGCAGGAGCUGCUCAGACACCCGGCAGGUGUACUCCGAGAAGGGGUACAGCACCGGCACCGCUCCGCUCACUCAAAUCUCUGGAGAGCACCUGCGGCUCUGUCCUCAGGACUACACCUGCUGCUCCAGUCAGAUGGAGGAGACGCUGGCCCUCCAGAGCGAGAGGGACUUCCUCAAAGCUGUCGAGGAGAACAGCCAGUUCCUUUUGACUACUUUCACCCAGAGACACCGCAGGUUUGAUGAGUUCUUCAGAGAGCUUAUAGACUUGUCAGAGAAGUCUAUGAACCAGAUGUUCACCAAGACCUACGGCCGUCUCUUCACCCAGAACGCACACGUCUUCCAGGAGCUGUUUGUGGAGCUGCGCAGAUAUUAUUCUGGGGGCAGCGUCAGUCUGCCAGAGGUGCUCUCAGACUUCUGGUCCAGACUGGUGGAGCGAGUCUUCUCUCUGGUUAACCCCCAGUAUCAGUUCAGUGAGGACUACCUGGAGUGUGUCAGCAAACAUGCCGAACAGCUGCAGCCGUUUGGGGAUGUGCCCCGAAGACUGCGAGUACAAGUGUCGAGGGCUUUCAUUGCAGCCAGAGCAUUAUCUCAGGGCUUGGCUACUGGUCGGGAUAUUGUUAACAAAGCAACAAAGUUGACGGCAGAUUCAGAGUGUGUGCGUGGGCUGAUGCGUCAGUGGUACUGCCCACUGUGUCGUGGCGUGCCCUCCCUGCGGCCCUGCCACUCCCUGUGCCUUAACGUGAUGAAGGGCUGCUUAGCCAAUCAGGGCGAUCUGGACACCGAAUGGAACAAUUUCAUUGAUGCUCUGUACCUGGUUUCUGAGAAGCUGGAGGGGCCGUUCAACAUGGAGCUUGCAGCUGACUCCAUCUCUGUGAAAGUGUCAGAGGCCAUCAUGCACAUGCAGGAGAACAGCGUCAGCAUCUCCACUAAGGUGUUCCAGGGUUGUGGAAACCCCAGACCGGCUCCAGGACGGUCCAAACGCUCACCCAAAGAGUCAGGAGGCAACAGGAGGCCCUUCCGCACCUACAGCCCAGAGGAGAAACCCACUACUGCUGCAGGAACCAACCUGGACCGACUGGUUACCGAGCUGAAGGAGCGACUGCGGCCGAUGCGUGGCUUCUGGGUGUCCCUCCCACACACCAUCUGCAACGACGAGAAGAUGGCCGCCGACGUCACUAAUGAGGACCGCUGCUGGAACGGGCAGACCCGGGGGAGGUACCUCCCGGAUGUGACGGGUGACGGGCUGGUCAGCCAGAUCAACAACCCCGAGGUGGAAGUGGACAUUGCCAGGCCAGAUGUGAGGACCAGACAGCUGAUCAUGGAGCUGAGGGUGGUGACCAACAAAUUGAGACACGCUCAGAGCGGACAGGACAUGGACUUCAUGGACAGUGAGGAGGGCAGUGGUUCAGGGGGUGGAGAUCAGGGUGAAAGGUACAAUGAUGAUUGGCCAGGCUACGGGCCUUACUCCCCGCCCUACAACAAACCCCCUCGCAACCCAGCUUCCAGCCCCGCGAAGCCGCCUCGAGUCCGAGAAAGAAACGGGUCCAAGUGGAACAGAAACAACGGUCACGGACGGGACAGAUCUGCAACCAGCCGGCUCUCUUUCUCCCUGGUUCCUUUGUUGUCUCUGCCUCUCAUGGUCACUGUUGCCUCCAUGUGGAGAUAGCUAGUUAUUACAGUCUGGAGGUUUUCUGUCAUGCUGGAGUCUCAAGCACAUUAUGAAGAAAAAAGUCAUUCCAUUUGGUUACACCAGCAGAAAAAAAAGACAAAAACAGGCUAAUUUAGCAAUAAUCAAAAAUCUAUUUACAGCACAAAAUAAAUAGGUUAAAGUGAAUAUUUUUCCAACAGCCUAAGCCACAAAAGAGGUAUUACCAGGCAUUAAUGAUUACAAACAAUACUUAAUAAGUACUGCCAUUUUUUUAGUGCCAUUCGUUUGACCUAUUAGAGUCUUGAUGCUGAAUGGUGUGCAGUGCUGGAGCAAAUAAGUCUUUGCGGGUGAAAGAGAAACUAAAAGUACAACAGCACAUGAAUUAGCAGCGUGUUUGGGUGAUGAAGCUCAUGGUUUGGUGGUCUGUGAGAUAGACGGAGGUUAUUAGUUUCAGUGAGCAGCUGAUUCGAUCUGAGUGAGUUUGUUUGCUGCCGUUCUCACGAAAUUAAGUUCAUUAUCUUAAUUGAUCUUGAUUUCAGUGCGGUUGUGGUUCAUUUUUCAUCUUGUGGAAGUAGUAAGAUUUAAUUUACUUGCUUAAUUAAACCUCCGUUUUUUGGCUUAGAGAUUAAAAAAAGUCAAUAGUGUGACUCUUGAAACCAAACAAGGGGCUUAUUUUUGAAUGUACCUAAUUAAUUUGCGGUUACUUGUGACGACAAGGGGUUAAUUAAUGUAAUAUAUUGAUGUUUUUAAUUUAUUUGUAAUAUAAUAUUUCAUUGUUCUUAUUGUCAAGCUUUUUAAGGCAAGGGUUGAGUGAUUUUAUUUUUUAAAAGAAGUGUUUGUCUUUAACUUUCUCUGGUAGAAAAAAAGGAAAAAUCAAGUUGUAUUUAUUAACUUUUUGUGAACCAAUCAUUUUAAAAUAUUGUUAUCAAACCAAUCACAACAAAACACUUAAUUAUUGUACGAUAUUGGGCCUCAAAGACCGGCGAUUUUAGCCUCAACCAGAGAUUGUUAAGGAGCAGUGUGUGUGAAUAUGUGUGUGUGUUUGUAUGAUUGGUUAUAUUGUCUGUUGUAUGUUCUGGUUUCAAGGUUCAGAGGUCAUGUUGAGAAGAUGUUGGGAUGUUUUUUAAUACCAUGAUUUUCUACUUAUUUUUCCUAAAAGCAACACAAGAUGAUGAAAACAGUGAGCAUGCUCACGAUGUGAUGUCAAAUUGGAUCGAAUGUUGAUGGAAAGACAAAGAACUGAGAGACGAUGGCUCUUAAUUUUCACGCUGAAUGUGUUUCAAUGACGAUAAAAAUCAAAGAAUAUUCAAGAAGGAAAAACUAAACGUGUGAGGAGGAGUGGUCAUCCAUGGACAGAGAGGAACUAAAAGGAUUAGUUUGACAUUUUGGGAAAUAAUCUUAUUUUAGUUUCUUGAUGAAAGUUAGAGAAGAGGAUUGAUGCCACUAAUGUCUGUACAAUAAAUGUGAAACAGAGACUGGAAACAGGGGGAAACAGCUAGCCUGGCUCCAUCCAAAGGUAACAAAAUCUGCUUUUCAAGCUCACUAAUGACACACAUUGUGUCUUGUUUGUUUAAUCUGUAAAAACACAAAGUGUAAAAAUUAGAAAUUAUGGUUUUACAUGGGAUUAUGUGCCGGACUCUUUCUUGGCUGGGAGCAGUUGCAGAGUAACCAGCGGAGACUCCAGGAAGUUAUUGGUUAUUGGUCAAGUAACAUGCUGCCUUCAAAUGGAAGUUGAGAGCUUGUGGUUACAACAUUGGAUAUUUUUGGCAUUCAAGUUGUUAAGUUGUGAGAACAACGCUGCUAGGCGCCAACAACGGCAACAUCAUUUUCCUCAGACCUAUUAUAAAAUUACGAAGAAAAAAAAUAUUGACUCCUAAAAUGUCAAUAUAUUAACUUAUCAUCCACUAAAAAUUAACAUCCAAGGCCUCCGCCAUUUCUGGCAACUUCAGCAAACAUGUCACGACUUGUGAAGUCUGAGCUUUCAGAAAAUUUCGAUUUACUAAAUCGUGAAUACCACAAGACGGGGGCGUUCAUAUGGACUCUUUAGAGGUGCUUGGUUACCUUUGGACAGAACUUUUCCCCUUGUUUCCAUUCUAUUUGCUAACUCCAGUCUAACUCUUGACAAGAAAGCAAAUAAGCAUAUUUCUCAAAAGUAUUUUGUUAAAGAUAAUGAAAGUCAAUUAAUAGGAUCCCAAAAGAGAGCAACGAUGCAGACGGAGAACAUAAAAAGAAUGUAUAGAUGCUGUAAAAGGACACUUUUCUGUUGAACGAGAAAUCGUGAAAUUCACUUUUUUGUAACAAAAGUACACUUCUAGUCAAACGGGCUAUUGCACCUGCACAAAAAAACAACAAAAAAAAAGGGUUUCAUUCUAAAGUUUUGCUCGCCAACUAAUUGAGAUUUUAUGUCAAGAAUGAAACCCUUCAAAGUCAGUAUAGGGUUCUUGAGACAAGACUUCAC